AUUACUAUAUGUCUACGAAGGAAGGAAGGACUGGCAGCUUAGAAAAUAAACAAAAGACGAGCUCAGAUUGCUAAAUGUGUUUGACGUUAACUAAACUCUUUUAACUACGCUUUUGCGGUCUUUAGGUUGAUCUAUCAGCAAGGGCUGUCCGACUGGCCAUGAAUCCCAACCUAUCGCUGCGAGUGAGCGUCUUCUCCGAACAAGGAGGCAGGAAAUACAUGGAGGAUUUAACGGAGGUGAUCGUGGAGCUGGAACCCAGCGACGAUGAGCUGCGUGCGGCCGGGCACACCGAUCCAAAGCCGGACCAAGAGCCAGUCUCUGAAAGCGACCCGCCGGACUGCACAAACAAGCCAUUACCCGUCAUGGUAACGUGGAGAAACACGCUGUCCGCCGACGAGAGUGACGGUACCGAGGAGCCCGGGACUCAGCCGGCGGCAGCGGACAGCAGGAGAUCGGUUGCGUUCUUCGCCGUGUUUGACGGCCACGGAGGUCGAGAGGCUGCGCUGUUCGCUCGAGAUCAUCUGUGGGAUUGUCUCAAGAAGCAGCGGGGCUUUUGGUUGAAGGAUUACCGGAAAGUUUGUGCCGCAAUUCGCAAGGGUUUCAUCGCAUGCCAUCAUGCAAUGUGGAAAAAGCUUCCUGAAUGGCCAAAGACGUUAACUGGCCUCCCCAGUACUUCGGGCACUACAGCCAGUGUGGUGGUCAUCAGAGGGGACCGCAUGUUUGUGGCUCAUGUCGGGGACUCGUCUGUCGUGUUGGGUGUGAGGGAAGAUCCAUCUGAUAAAGCCAUCAAAGCUGUGGAGGUCACACAAGACCACAAGCCCGAACUCCCGAAAGAGAAGCAGAGAAUUGAGGGACUGGGUGGCAGUGUGGUGAAGAAAUGUGGUGUGAACCGUGUGGUGUGGAAGAGGCCUAGGCUAACUCACAACGGCCCGGUCAGAAGGAGCACCCCGAUCGAUCAGAUCCCCUUCCUAGCUGUUGCCAGAGCUCUGGGUGAUCUAUGGAGUUAUGACUUCUACAGCGGAGAGUUUGUAGUGUCUCCUGAUCCUGACACCCGUGUUGUGACCCUUGACCCUAAAUGGCAUCGUUACAUCAUUGUUGGCAGUGACGGACUUUGGAACAUGGUGCCACCACAGGAGGCAGUGACUGUGUGCCAGAGCCAUGAUGAAGCUGUGGCACCUUUCGGGAUGUCGGUUGCUCGUCGGUUGGGGUGCCAUGCAUUGAUGCGAUGGCGUCAGCGGAUGCUCCGUGCAGACAACACCAGCGUCAUAGUUAUUGCCCUUCCUGAGCCUGGCAAACCCCACCUACCUAUGCACAGAGACGAGGUCAUACUCAGCCUGGCAGAGGGCUCCAUCACGCCACUCAUCAAGACCCCGGAUCCAGACCUGUCCUCAGGCAGCAGUGAGUCUUUGCCGGCGCUGGAGAGGAGGAACGGUCUGUCGGGAGUGAGUCUGAGCGCAGAACCUCCGUUAGAGGAAAACCUGACUUGCACUGAGCUCACAGACAAAGCUGCCUUGACUGUGUGCCCCAGCGAGGGCAACCAGACCCCAGAGACUCCCCUGUCCUCACCGGAUGUGUCAAGUCCAGUGGGGAAGAGGCCCAGACGGAGCCCCCUCACCCCGAGCAGCUCCCGCCGGAGGACUGGUGAACGCUCCGUACCCAAACGCAACACCGGCAGGACUCCCAAACGGACCCCCAGCGUCCCUAUACUACAGCACCGCAAAGCAACCCUCUGUGUCUGCUGAACUCCAAAAGACCGACAAAGAUCCUGGUUUCUGAUGUUCUGCAUGGUCUCAAGAAUAAAUAACUGCUAUUGUUUGUGUCCAUGUUUUGACUAUGUGCCACUGUUUCUGUUUAUAAUGUAGGAUUUUGUUUCCUGUGUUAUCAUCGUGUUUUUUGUUCUUUCCUUUAAUUUUAAGGGUGUAAAUGUGAGAGUAAAAAGAAAAUCUCAUUUUUAGCAAUCGGAUUUAUAGUUAUUUUACAUGUAAAAAAAACAAACAAUGCAGAUCAGUCUUUUAAAGGAAAAUUCAUUUAAAGGAUGUAUUUAAUCUUUCUCCCUUUAAAUUAAACCGCAUUAUUCGACUCCAUCUUUGAAAUGACAUGAAUUACUUGUAUAGAUUUUCUGAAAAUGACCAAAUAGUUGGAGGUAUGCAAUAUAUAUUUUUAUACUUAUUAUAUUUUUCAAAAUGCCCAGUUUUCUUGCCCCACAGUGCUUGUGUGCACAUUUGCCCUUUGCCAAUAUACUUUAUUAUUUGUUCAUUUAAUAUUCACACCAGUAUUUGGUAGCAUUGUCCUGUCUUUUUAAUUCUGAGUUGCUGCAUUAAUGUUUUUGUUUUCAGAGAGCAUGAGUUAAUUAAUCUGAGACAUAUCACUGAUCAUUGGACUACAGAGCAAAUGUAUUUAUUUUCUUUUGAUAAAACCUUUGUAAAAGUUGAGGAUUGCAUGCUCUGUUAUAUCCUUAUAACUGUCUUUUUCUUGGGGCGUUUUGAUUUUUUUGACUGUCCACCUUUUUGUAUGUAUUUCAAUAUUGUAAGUUAUUUAAUAUCAGUAAUGUCUGUCAGAUAACAUCUUCCAACACCAGAUCCAGAGCUAAUGUGAUGUGUGGUUAUGAGCCGAUGUUUAGACGAAGGAGUGUACAGCACAUUUUAGCGGGAUGUUUGUUGCCCCAUGUUUGAGACUUUGUCUUUUUGAAGGAGAUUUAAACUCUAAACUCUCAAGGUGGAAAAUAAGUCAUGUUUUCAUAGUGUUUUUAUCCUUGGAGAUGAAUUUUCACUAUUUGCUAUAGUGGCAGCUUUGGUUUGAGUACUCGUUGUUGCCUGAAUGACAGUGACAGUUUGAUGGAUUUAAAUUCAUAUAGAGUUUCUUAAAAAAACAUCUACAAAGGCCAUAAAUAAUUGAAUUUGAGAAAAAAAAGAUAAAUAAUAUUGUUUUAAUCCGAUUCUGCAUGUUAAAACUUGUUAUAGAGUGUGAUUUUGUUUUUGUUACCCUUUUAUUCCGUUAAAACCAGUGGCGAUUUCACUUCAUUGUAAUAGCUCUGGCCUGAGCAGUAUAGGGGCAGUUGGGUAUCAUGGAGGCUUUCCUCUUUCACUGGUUUUCUGAAAUGUGUGAUAGGUCAUAUCGAACUGCACCUGUCUUGGAAUAGAAUCGAAUAUUAGUGUAUUGGAUGCUGUCUUGUUCAGGGU